GUCGGUCGAAGCGAGUCUCGCUCCCUCGCGCAUUGGCAGAGAACGCGUUAGACUUUCGAACGCAGUACGUACGCGAGCGUGUAUGUCUCAAUUAUUGAUGCAAAAGUUCCACGAUGGUUGACCAUAACGAGAGAUUGUUACAGGAGUUACAAACGAGAAGUGGGAACAAUGUUUGUGCCGAUUGUGGAGCCGACGACCCUGACUGGGCUUCAUACAACCUGGGCAUAUUCAUAUGCAUGCGCUGCGCCUCGAUCCACCGAGGCAUGGGAGCUCACAUCAGCAAAGUCAAACACCUCAAACUAGAUCGUUGGGAGGACUCGCAAGUGCAGAGAAUGAGGGACAUUGGGAAUAUCGUCGCGAGGAACAAGUAUGAGGAGCGCGUCCCGCCCUGCUACAGGAGGCCUACGAAGAACGACCCACAAGUUUUAAUCGAGCAAUGGAUCCGCGCCAAGUACGAACGCGAGGAGUUCUGCCACCCCGAACGCCAGAGCUACCUCUCUGGCACCAUGGAGGGCUUUCUCAUGAAGAGGGGAAAGGAGGACAACCGCUACCAGCUUAGGAAGUUUGUGCUCAAUGAGAGCGAGGACACACUCAAGUACCAUGUAAAAGAAAACAAAGAGCCAAAGGGAAUUCUAAAGCUGUCGGAGUUGAACGUCGCUUUUGCCCCCUCGAAAAUCGGCCAGAUGAAUUCCAUGCAACUUACAUUUAUGAAGGAUGGCACUACCAGACAUAUAUAUGUCUAUCACGAGGACCCAGAAGUUAUCAACUGUUGGUACAUGGCAAUACGCUGCGCAAAGCUCCACCUCCUCCAAGUCGCGUUCCCCUCAGCACCACAGUCUGAUCUAAUCCUUCGCCUGCCCAAGGACUUCGCCAGAGAAGGCUGGCUCUGGAAGACGGGGCCGAGGUCUUCAGACGCCCAUAGGCGACGCUGGUUUACUCUAGAUCAGAGGAAGCUUAUGUACCACGAUGAACCUCUGGACGCUUAUCCGAAAGGAGAAAUAUUUAUUGGACACGAAUCCAACGGUUACUGCAUCAAAGUAUCCAACACCGGCAACGGCUGCAAAGAGGCGCGUUUCUCCUUCCAACUCGUAACACCGGAGCGGACGUACUGCCUCGCGGCCAUCUCGCACGAGGAGCGCGCCGGCUGGCUCGUGGUGCUGCAGCAGGCCAUCAAACGGCCGCUGUCGCCACAGGACUCCACUAUUGAGGCGACCCUCGUCCGCAAGCGCACCACAUCGAACUCCACAAUGAGCAUAUUCUCAGGAAGGUAGUCGCACUGUCCACUCUUAUGCUAUAGUCGUAAGAGGGACCGAUGCCGCAUAUUUCCAAGCAUUUUAGGAUUAUUUCGUGUUCCGUUCGAACUUGGAACGUUUUUCAAUCUUUUCUAAUUUUUAAAUGAAUAUUUUAGUGUAAGUUUGAUAACAAAAAUAUUUAUUUGAUUUUAUAGAAUUUAACAAUACAUUUCAUAAUCGUUAUUGUUUUGUAUUAGAUUGAAAUUGCCAAAUUAUACAUUUGACGUGUACGUUUAUUUAAGACAUUUGUAUAAAAAUAGACAAAUUAAUUAUAGCAGACUACGAAGUUGAGUAAUAUAUAAGAGUGUCGAUUGAAAAACCAGAUGGCGCUGUACGGUGUUGUGUAUAUUUUGCGGCGACUAAGUCUAAGUUGUCAAACUUGACAAUUCAUUUACCACAAAAAUAUGGCAUCUUGCAGUGCCAUCUAGUAUUUCCGUCAAUAUUUUCGGUUUAAGUACGUCUCCACUUCUUUAGUCUAUUAUAAUUCAUCUUUACCUAUAUGACAUAAUUUAAUCAUAUAAUUCAGAUAGCUAUUUCAGAGAAUAUUUUGUCUUCGUUAUUAUGUUUUAAAAUCAUGUGUUUACAUAAGUUAAGAAUGUUUGCUCUUCGUAUUUAAUACAAUGAUGACUGAAUGUUAAAUUAUUAUCAUUUUAUUGUUUAACUCUCAUAUUAGUUUAUAUGAACGUGUUUGCGUACACUUAGAGAUUACUGGCUAUGCGCACAAUCUAUAUUAUUGUGUUAUACUUAAGCUUUUUCAAAAUAACAAUACUUAAUCAAUAAUCAUGCAAUACUUGUAAAUUAUAAUAUUCGGUGGGGUUUAUAUUAAAUCAUAUUAAACUGUAAACUAAACAUAAUAUUUAUAUAAAUAACUGUGCUCUCUUCUUCAUGGUUAAAAGACAUUCUACAGGGAACUUGUACAUUGAAUAACUUUAAAUAUACGUAGUAAUAAUGGGAGUAACACAAGUAAUUAUGAACUCAAACGAUAUUCACUCGCAUUUGAGU